CGUGUGAUAAAACAAAUCUCAGUAUCUAGAGAAACCUGAUAUCUAAUCUUAAUCACGAAUCGAGUUGUGAUGGUGGGGAGAGGGUUACUCGACGGUGGCAGUUGAGGCAGUCCGUCGUCCGACGGCAGACCGAGUACACUCCGGCAGCGGACAUGGGUACGGACUACAACACGGACAUCACUGUGGCCAAGGUGACGUCGAUGGUGGUGCUGGGGGGAGCAGCCUUCAUAGUCACUCUCAUCCCUGUGUUCAUCAGCAAGAGAAUCACGACAACACCUCAGGCGCCGAAGAAGAGUAACAACUCUAACUUCAUACUCUCCCUGUGCCAAGCGUUCGGUGGAGGUGUGUUGUUGUGUACGACGUUCCUCCACUUGCUGCCAGAAGUGUCGGAGAGCAUCGAGACAUUGCAGGAGAAUGGAGGGAUACCGAAGAACUUCCCUUUGCCGCUGCCGGAGUUAGUGAUGUGCUGCGGUUUUUUCACUAUGUACAUUGUUGAGGAAGUAGUCCAUAAGCUACUCCACUCACGGAAUGUAAAAAAUUCAUUGCGAAAGAAAAAUCCGUUAAGCGUAUCCUCGGCGGUACUAGUAGACGCGGAUUUGUCGAUGACAGAUUCGUUAAAAAUAUUCGAUCAAAAUUCGUUGAAAGUAACUUUCGCACCUCCUUGUGAAGAGGACGUGAACAUCGUGACGGUAACCCAGAAGAAUUAUUCUACGUGCGGCAAUCCGUCGCAGCACUGCCACAACCACCAACAUUUGUUCCACGAGGAUGACAGGGACAGCCAUGUCGACCACGACCACCAACCACACUCGCACGACCACACCAUCGUCACCGAGGACCUGCCCUCUCUCCGCGAGUUGCUCAUAGUCCUGGCACUGACAGUCCACGAGGGGUUUGAGGGCCUCGCCAUCGGCCUGGAGGACUCUGUGGCCGCGGUUUGGUACCUCAUGACUGCCGUGGCCGUCCACAAGUGUGUCAUCGCCUUCUGUAUCGGUGUCGAGUUGGUCUCCGGGAAAGUGUCUGUGGCACUCUCGGUGUUCUACGCGUUCGUGUACUCGUGUGCGUCUCCCUUCGGCAUCGGCAUCGGCCUCGCACUAUCCGCCUCCAACGACAGCAACUUCACCGCGCUCAUGUCGGUCCUGCUGCAGGGCAUGGCCACAGGGACGCUGCUCUACGUCGUCUUCUUCGAGAUCCUGAAGAGAGACACCAACGGGAGGGGAUUGUCGCAGAUGGUCGUCGUUAUCCUAGGAUUUGUCGCAAUGGCGGUUCUCGCCAUCCUCAUCAACGCUUAGAUAAAGGAUGCAGCGUACCAUGAAGUUCUUCAGCCUUCGUGAUUGAUUUAUUCAUGUGUAUGAAUUUAUACUACUAUUUGUGAAACUGUUGAUUUUAUAGUCCAAGGUUAAUGUGUGUGAUUUUCAAAAUAUACUAUGAACCUAUUAACUAGAUAUUCAAAUGAAAUAUUGCCAUUGAAUGCAAGCAAAAUGUUGAGAAAUAAAAAAAAGUUGUAUUGUUUAUUAUCAGUAUUUUUUUAACUAUUAUUGUAUUUUCUUAUUAAACUUACUA